AUGGAAACAAGACAAACAGACUCCUUUGAUCCCUUUGAGGAUGUCCUCAACCUCGAAGAGCGCUUCUACUCAGAAGGCUACCAACUUGGAAUAAAAGACGGCAUCCAAGCGGGGCGAAUCGAGGGGCGGUCGUUUGGCAUGCAAAAGGGCUUUGAAAAGUUCCUCGAGAGUGGUCGCCUCGCCAGCAAAGCCGUCGUUUGGGCGAACCGGAUACCACAAAAGGAAAAGGCUUCUUCUUCGGAGACUUGCACGCUGCCACCGCUGCCCAAAAACGCAAGACUUGAGAAGAACAUCAACACUCUGUACGCCCUCGUGGAACCGGAAACCCUUUCGACAGAGAACUCGGAUGAGGCGGUUCAGGACUUUGAUGAUCGGGUUAAGAGAGCACAGGGCAAGGCCAAGAUUGUUGAGAGGAUGACGGGUGGUGGGAAAGAGACAGGAGUGUCAAGCCCGUAA